CGCCACUGUUUGACCCUAACCACCAUGUACGGGCCAUCCGACGGCGGCUUCCGCAAGCAUGCUCUCCCAGUCAUUACAAAGUGUAUACAUGGAUCCGCACCUUUUCUGACCACAUUUCUUCUGAUACACCUUUCGGCUCCCUUGCUUGCGAAUCUGGGGGGUUCCUCCUUGGCUUCUCAAACUCUGCUCUUAGGACGGGAAUAUUACCAAACAGAGCUUGGAGAAAAGUAUCUUCUUCUAGGUCCUAUUGUGCUCCACACCGUCUCGGGACUAGCCAAACGAUUAAUAUCGCCGUCGAAAGUUCCACCUCGGCCAUGGACUAGCCUACUCUCAAUCACAGGCUAUGGCACCAUGCUGUUCUUCCUUCCAAUCCACUUCUCCACGCACCGUGUAUCUCCGUCAAAUCCCAUCGCCCCUAUUCACGCUCUCAGCCCCUCCGAACUGGACUUUGAAUACAUCAAAUUCGGCCUGAACUCCUGGCCGUGGCGUAGUGCGUUUUUAUACGGCGGGCUCGUGGUCUUUGCGUUGUUGCACGCUGCUGACGGCGAGCGGAUUCUCUUCAACACGUAUCUCGGCCCCGCUCUCGGGCGCAUCAAGGCCUCCACCCGGAAAGGGAUGAUUGCAGCUGUGAUGGGGGCUGUUGCUUUGCCGGUGCUUACAGGACUCUAUUUCCUGUCGCAGGAGCCGGAGAUGAUAUUUGCGUCGAUGGCCGAUCGGUUCCACGCGUCGUUUGUUUCUUCGAUGUGGUAUCGAUUAUAGACCUUGUGUGAUCUUCUAAACUAGAUGAACAGAUGAAAGCUCUUCAUUCAAC